UAUCUCACUCAUCUGAGCUCUGUCGGCUGUCACACACAUUUUUCUCUCACUCCCUUCGCUCACUCGAAAAGCCACACACCACCAUGGCGGCCGCCGCCCCCACCUCUCUCUCCACCUCCCCCACCUCCACCGCAGCUCUCAAUCCUCCUACAAAAGCUCCACCCGCGUCCCUCGGCUUCCUCUCCACAUCCUCCCCUUCUCUCAAGCCGCUGCGCUCCGCCGCCUCUUCCCGAGCCUCCACCGGCUCCGCCUCGGCCGCUAGGAUGGUCUCGGUCCCCGCCAUCAAGCCCCUGGAGUCUCUCGAUUUCCAGACCUCCGUCUUCAAAAAGGAGAAGGUCAACCUCGCCGGCCACGAGGAGUACAUUGUGAGAGGAGGAAGGGAUCUGUUCAAGCUGUUGCCGGAUGCAUUUAAGGGCAUUAAGCAGAUUGGGGUGAUUGGUUGGGGCUCACAGGGACCUGCUCAAGCACAGAACUUGAGGGAUUCUCUUGCCGAAGUGAAAUCUGAUAUUGUUGUUAAGAUUGGUUUGAGAAAGGGUUCUAGUUCAUUUGCUGAGGCCCGUGCUGCUGGGUUUACAGAAGAAAGUGGGACGCUUGGAGACAUAUAUGAAACCAUAUCCGGCAGUGAUUUGGUGAUGCUCUUGAUAUCGGACUCAGCUCAGGCUGAUAACUAUGAGAAAGUGUUCUCACACAUGAAACCAAACAGCAUCCUAGGACUUUCCCAUGGGUUCCUGUUGGGACAUCUGCAGUCAGUGGGUCUCGACUUCCCCAAGAACAUUAGCGUAAUAGCUGUGUGUCCCAAGGGGAUGGGUCCCUCUGUGAGAAGGUUAUAUGUGCAAGGGAAAGAAGUGAAUGGUGCUGGUAUCAAUUCAAGUUUUGCUGUUCACCAGGAUGUUGAUGGCAGAGCUACUGAUGUUGCCCUUGGAUGGUCAGUGGCCCUUGGUUCACCUUUCACUUUUGCCACUACCUUGGAGCAGGAGUAUAAAAGUGAUAUCUUUGGGGAGAGAGGAAUUUUGCUUGGGGCUGUGCAUGGUGUUGUGGAGUGCUUAUUCAGAAGGUACACUGAAAAUGGGAUGAGUGAAGAUCUUGCUUACAAGAACACAGUUGAGAGCAUUACAGGGACAAUAUCGAAGACCAUAUCAACAAAGGGUAUGCUAGCAGUCUAUAAUGCCUUAGAUGCACAAGGCAAAAAGGACUUUGAGACAGCGUACAGUGCUUCAUACUAUCCCUGCAUGGACAUCCUGUACGAAUGCUACGAAGAUGUCGCCAGUGGCAGUGAGAUCAGGAGUGUUGUCUUGGCUGGCCGUCGAUUUUAUGAUAAGGAAGGCCUACCUGCCUUCCCUAUGGGUAAAAUCGAUCAGACCCGGAUGUGGAAAGUUGGUGAGCGUGUGAGAGCCCAACGCCCAGCAGGUGACUUGGGACCUCUGUAUCCUUUCACCGCAGGAGUCUUUGUUGCAUUGAUGAUGGCCCAGAUUGAGAUCUUGAGGAAGAAGGGGCACUCAUACUCUGAAAUUAUAAACGAGAGUGUGAUCGAGUCCGUGGACUCGUUGAAUCCUUUCAUGCACGCUCGCGGUGUAUCAUUCAUGGUUGACAACUGCUCGACAACAGCUCGGUUGGGAUCAAGGAAGUGGGCCCCGAGAUUCGAUUACAUCCUCACCCAGCAGGCCCUUGUAGCUGUGGACAACGGCGCCCCCAUCAACCAGGACCUCUUGAGCAACUUCCUCUCGGAUCCCGUGCACGGCGCGAUCGAAGUAUGUGCCCAGCUGAGGCCCACCGUCGACAUCUCAGUGCCUGCCGAUGCGGAUUUCGUCCGCCCAGAGCUGCGACAAUCCGGCAACUGAAGACAUAGCAAGUCUUCAUUCUCCUAUACUCAGUUUGAGCUGAGCUUUAGAUAUUAAGAUAUGUCUGAGUGCUGCACUGGUUGAACCUUAGGAUCCUGUUUUUCUUAUUUAUGUUUUUGUAUGACGGUAUGGCAUAAAAGAUUGUUCGGCUAGUUGGUAAUAAUAUGAUGUUUGUUGUUCUAAA